UGGCGCACUGCCGUGAUGCCCAGGAAAGACAGGGCGACCUGGAAUUCCAACUACUUCCUUAAGAUCAUUCAACUUUUGGAUGAUUACCCAAAAUGUUUCAUUGUGGGAGCAGACAAUGUGGGCUCCAAACCGAAGCAGCAGAUCCACAUGUCGCUGCGAGGGAAGGCUGUGGUGCUGAUGGGCAAGAACACCAUGAUGCGCAAGGCCAUCAGGGGCCACCUGGAAAACAAUCCCGCUCUGGAGAAGCUGCUGCCUCACAUCCGGGGGAAUGUGGGCUUUGGGUUCACCAAGGAGGACCUCACUGAGAUUAGGGACAUGCUGCUGGCCAAUAAGGUGCCCGCGGCUGCCCUUGCUGGCGCCAUCGCCCCUUGUAAGGUCACUGUGCCAGCCCAGAACAUGGGUCUGGGGCCUGAGAAGACCUCGUUCUUCCAGGCUUUGGGCAUCACCACGCGGCGGCCUGACUCACACAGCACGUUGUAUGUAAAGUCAGAGACUCUGAUGCAAACACAAAGGGUGUGGAUCCUGAGGAAUGACACCAAAGGCUGCUCUCUGGCUAUCACAUGA